AUGUUCUUAGGUGAUCAGUUUAAGAUCAAAGACUUAGGAUUACUCAAUUAUUUUGUGGGAAUUGAGCUGUUGUAUGUUGAUUUUGGGGUACUUAUUCAUCAAAGAAAAUUUGUUUCUGAGCUAGUUGCUGAAUAUGGAUAUUUUGAUGUUUCUGCCGUCUCUUCCCCACUUGAGUUAUGUGUACUCAAGUCUGAUGUUGGGGCAUUGCUGCCCAACCCUGAAUCUUAUAGAAGUUUGGUUGGAAAGUUGGAUUUUCUCACUCAUACCAAGCCAGAUUUAUGUUUUGCUGUGCAACACUUGAGUCAGUUUCUUAAGUCACCUCGUGUGCCUCAUAUGAGUUUUUCAUUACAUGUUCUAAGGUAUUUGAAAGGUACACCUGAUGUUGGGGUUCAUCUCAAUGGUUAUUCUGAUUUUUCUGUCCAAGCUUUUUGUGACAGUGAUUGGGCUUCUUGUCCAGAUUCGCGCAAGUCAGUUUCUGAAUAUCGGGCCAUGAGUAGAGUGGUGGCUGAACUAGCCUGGUUGGUUCGUUUGUUGGCAGAUUUGGGUCUUCAACUGUCCACUUCUAUUCCUGUUUUCUGUGAUAGCUUGGCUGCCCUCCACAUUGCUAAAAACCCUAUUUUCCAUGAGCGCACGAAACAUAUUGAGGUUGAUUGUGACUUCAUCCGCACAAAGUUGGCAGAUGGUCUUAUUUUUUUACAUCAUGUUCCUACAUCAUCUCAACUUGCUGAUAUUUUUACUAGGUGUAUCACAGGUGGACAACACAUGUUGUUGCUUGGCAAGUUGGGCGUGUUACCGCCCUCCAACUUGAGGGGGGUGUCGGAGUUACCUGAUUUGGGCCUGAUGUUAGUUGGGUAG